GAUUCAACGUUGCUAGAAUGAUCGUGGAUAAAUAGUGAUCUGCCGCGGAAAUUUUAGAAGCGAUUGGAAGAGAAGAUACACGCCAAAAAUGAUUGAAUUCUGUACAAUAUCGAUGUUUCGCGUCGAGUUUAUCACAGUGUUGUCUACCAUUGAUCAUUAAGCAUGAGUUUUCAUCGAAUAGCGUGUGCAGUUUUAAAAAAACGAUGGAUUCGUUCGAAGGUGAUAUGUUCGCGCUCAGCGACGAAGAUUUACCGAUAUCAACAACAAAAUGCAACCCCAUAGAAGAACAGUUACUGAAACAAUUUUUCGACGUACAGAAUCGAAUCGAGAAAACCACCAUCGACAUUAAAGAGAUUCAAAAUACGACGAGACACGUUUUAAAAUCUUUGCAACAUCGAGCCCAAUACGCGGAGAAUGUAACCUCGGAUUCUGACAGUGAUUUGUACAAUGUAGACGGGCAACCAGUGGUAAAGAAGAAAAAACAUGCACAUGAGGAACCAAAUCGGAUCUUAGUUGUACAAAGUACUUGGAAAUACAUUAUUUGUGACAAAUGGAUUAUUGGUAUAGUUCUACAAAAUGCUUCACUAGAAACGUUGUGCAAUCUUCAGGUUUAUGUAGCCGUGAAAGAGGUCGAGGAAAUCAACGGUUCGUCGAUGUGUUGGUCUUUGGUGGACAGCACGUUUUGGUACCGAACCGACACCGUUAGACCCCGCAAAGAAGCCAUAGCCACCGUGGCUCUUAAUUUACCAAAAUUUGAUAAGGAUUCCUUCUGCGACGCGUAUGGCACGAUCUCGUACCAAGUCGACGAUAAAGAGUAUCAAACUCCUGUACCCACUGUUCGUCUACGCGUCGAGGAGACGAUCGAUACUAGUUGCGGGGUAAAGUUCUCGGUCGACGUGGAGCAUACCAUUCUGGCAUUAAAGUGCACGUCGAUAGAAAAGACCGUUGGCGUGAAAAUUGAUAUGCAUCCUGGCAGAGGGGAACGCCUUCUCGAAUUCUUGGAGGAAAAAUCUUUCAAAGAAAUCUGCGCGGAUGUUUACGUUGUAAAGUCGAUCGGAUGUCUCAUGUUCUGUCUAAUCGAGAUUUUGCCUAUUAUCGAAGGAGAGGUCAGAUUAAGGAUCUUUUCUAGAUCUACUAGUCAAAUGAACAUAAUAAUACGACUCUUGCAAGAUCAGUUUUCUGGCCUGACCGUUCACGACGAUGAUCACGUCCAUGCUGCGUUGGCCCUUAUAGAAGAGUUAAAAUUAUACCGUGUUGACGGAAGUACCCCCGAGCGGCAAAUAGCGAGAAUUAAAACCGAUCUACUUAUCCCGUGAUGAUGGUAAAGCAGAUUUUGUUAAUCACCCACGAAAGUUAUUUUAAAUCUUCUUCUUAUUGUGCCGUUUCCUUGUAUCUUUAUUAGGAUAAAGCAUUCAAAUCGACUCAUUUUUUUCACCAUUGUUCUACUUUAUUAGAUAUUUUUAUUUUUAAUAUGGCAUGUAAAUAACGUGUGUACGUGUGCAUGUCACUAAAUUAUCUGUAUUUAAAUUUCAUUUAAAUCUCGUGUUCCUGUUAUCUUACUCCUAGUUCCUUCUCCUAGGCAAUAAUACCAGGAUAGCAUGGCACAGGUAGUAGCAUCGUAACUAUACGAGAUCCCACAGAAAACCGGUUUACUCACCACUACACGUUCCUAAUCACGAACACACGAAUAUGUCGAUGUAACGCUAGUGUCAAU